AUGAAGGAAAAGCUGAAUUCAAAACUCAAUGAUGCGAUAACAAAGUUCCCUGAAAAGGAAAGUUUUAGGAUCUUCAAAGAAAAAAUGACAAGUAUAAUUGUUGAAAAAAAAACUGAAAGCACAACACUUUUUGAGUUUCCAAGUAAUGAAACUGGAGUUGAAGGUAUCAAUUUGACACCAAUAAUGCGUAAAAAACCAAAUGAUCAAAAAGAAAAUGAAGAUAAAGAAGGAAAUGGUGAAGAAGACAAUGAUAAUGAUGGAAUUCAACCGGAAGUAGAUUAUUUACUUGAUUCAAACGAAGCAGAGAAUGAAGGAAUAAAGAAUGAUGGAGAUAACAAUCAAAUAGAAGGUGAAACUGAAGUAAAAGAGAAAGAUGGAAAGAACAAUGAAAAUGAGAAUGAUGAAGAUAAAAACGAUGAUGAGGCUGAAGAAACAAAUAAUCAUGGUGAGACUAUUCAACAAAGUGAAAAUGAAAAUAUGUUGGAUAAAGUUGUUGACAACAUUGUGGAUAAUGUCAUUGGAAUUGGAUUUUCAAGUUUAAAUAGUCAAGAAGAUGAAAUCUGGAAUGACCCUGAAAUUAAAACUAUUUUGGAUAAUAUUGAUAUAGGUAAAUUUUGA